CAUUGGGGAAGCUCCCUUUGAGCACAACGACCGAGUGCGCAUGCGUGGAACAUUCGAUCACUGGUGGUGUAGCUAACGGCUAGGCUACGAAUCCAGCCGACAUGGAGAGGAAAGUUCUGGCAAUCCAAGCUAGGAAGAAGAGGGCGAAAGCAAAGAAGACCAUCAAAAAGCAGCCAGCCAAUCCCAGAUCUCGGCAGCCACCCCAGCUGGAAGCCUCGCCUCAGGAACCGGAGGAACCUGAAGAGAUUCUCGGCUCUGAUGAUGAGGAGCAGGAGGACCCCAACGACUACUGCAAAGGUGGCUACCACCAUGUGAAAGUGGGAGACCUUUACAAUGGAAAAUACCAUGUAAUCCGGAAACUUGGCUGGGGACACUUCUCCACCGUGUGGCUGGCCUGGGACAUCCAGGUGAAGAGGUUCGUUGCAAUGAAAGUGGUGAAGAGUGCAGAGCACUACACGGAGACGGCAGUAGAUGAGAUCAAACUCCUUAGAUCUGUUAGAAACUCAGACCCCAAUGAUCCCAACCGUGAGAUGGUGGUCCAGCUGCUGGACGACUUCAAGAUCUCUGGUGUCAAUGGAACUCAUGUCUGCAUGGUGUUUGAGGUGCUGGGGCAUCACCUAUUAAAAUGGAUAAUAAAGUCCAAUUACCAAGGACUGCCCCUGCCUUGUGUGAAGAGCAUCAUAAGACAGGUUCUCCAGGGCCUGGACUACCUGCACACAAAGUGUCAGAUCAUCCACACAGACAUCAAGCCAGAGAAUAUCCUGAUGAGUGUUGACGAGCCUUAUGUCCGGAAGCUAGCAGCUGAAGCCACGGAGUGGCAGAGGGCUGGGGCGCCUCCUCCCUCCGGUUCAGCAAUCAGCACAGCUCCGGCUCCAAAACAGACCGUAAAAAUGUCCAAGAACAAGAAGAAGAAGUUAAAAAAGAAGCAAAAGCGUCAGGCGGAGCUGCUGGAAAAGUGCAUCUUGGACUUGGAGGAGAUGGAAAAGACCACAGAGCCACGAGAGGAGGAUGAUGAAGAUGACGAACCACAAUCUCCAAAGGGACGGGCUUGUGCUCCUCUCAGACAGGUGUCUCUCCAGGAGCUAGGAAACGAGGAGACAGAGGAGAGCAGUGUGAAUGCAGAUCUCCUGAGGGUGGGACCAGAGGGGCUGUCGGAGGUGAACUGUAACGGCCAUGUGGAGGUGGAGCAGACACAGUCUCAAUGGAGAGAUGAAGACCAACACAACGGCAACGCGGAGUCGACAGAGAAAUGUACGACUGCAGAGGAGCAACACAAGGAGUCCCCCGUCCACUCCAUGUGUAACGGUGUGGACUCCACAGCUUUCAAUGAGCUGGACUCUGAGACUGAAGGCCGGGGGGCUCACAGCAGUGGAGUCGCUGAGAGAUGCCUUCCUGCUGGGCUGGAGGAGGGAGAGCUGGAACAAAGCAUUUUGCAGGGAGAGGGAGAGGACGAAGCCGACUGUCCUUAUGGAACCCAAGAAAGCCUGAGAAAUGACAAACUAACAGCAGGAUCCUUGCUAGUUAACCCCCUUGAGCCGCUCAAUUCAGACAAGAUCAAGGUCAAGAUUGCUGAUUUGGGAAACGCCUGCUGGGUGCACAAGCACUUUACUGAAGACAUCCAGACGCGACAGUACCGGUCUUUAGAGGUGCUCAUCGGUGCUGGAUACAGCACACCGGCUGACAUUUGGAGCACAGCCUGCAUGGCUUUCGAGCUUGCUACAGGGGACUACUUAUUUGAACCACAUUCUGGUGAAGAUUAUUCCAGGGAUGAAGACCAUCUCGCUCUCAUGAUUGAAUUGCUCGGUAAAAUCCCUCGUCACUAUGCUCUGAGUGGGAAAUACUCACAGGAAUACUUCACCAAGAGAGGUGAUUUGAAACACAUCACCAAGCUGAAGCCGUGGGGCCUGCUGGAGGUGCUGAUUGAUAAAUACGAGUGGCCCCGUGAAGAAGCUGAGUGCUUCACCGACUUUUUGCUUCCCAUGCUGGAGCUGAUCCCCGAGAAAAGAGCCACAGCUGCAGAGUGCUUGCGCCACCCCUGGCUCGCCCUCUAGUGGAGACCUCCAGCUAUUGUACCUCUCUUCCCUCCCACCUUCUCCUGAGACUGCAACAGAUCACUUUCCAGUUUGGGCAUAUCAGAUGAAUAUUUAUUUCCGUUUUUGUUUCGUCGUUUUGGAGUUUCUUACGUUCUUGUUCUCGAGCUAAUGCUUCUGUGUAUGUUUGCUUUGCCUUCGUUGGUUCUUCUCUCGGUGUGAUGACAUCAGGAAUCCAGUGGAUUUUUAUUACUUUGUGGUCAUGUUGGCUCCGACUGCUGUGCUCCGUUCGCCCACCCAGCUAAGCAAACCUUUCAUUGUACUGCUAGUGACUCAUCCUUGUUUGUUACACUCCUGCACUAAAACCCAAACAAAUCAAGGAUAUGUAGCCUUUAUUGGUCAUUUUUUUUGUCCCCUUUCAAAGGACUCGCUAUCACUUUUUUUCUCGUACGUUUUCAUUAGUGUUGUUCCUUUUUUAAAUGAAUAAUUUUAUCUUCUAUUACACAUGUAAGGUAUACAUUUUGUAUUUGUAAAGUAGGCUUAGGAAGUUGCACACUGGGCUGACAUUUACACUGACUGUGGUGACGUUCAUAGCAUUUCUUCAAAUGGGCUGUCUAGUUUCUUACCAAGAUAUCCACUUUCUGAUAAAGUAGGUCAUAUUUAGUCAUAACAGAUCUGUCGUCACCGGCUGUUUAGUGUGGAUAGUUGAUUCUAAUAAUGAGAUCUUUCAUUCUCAUGGGAGGCUGGUUUUCUCGUACACCUAUUACAAUUCAGGUUUCAAGGUUUCAACAAGACAAAAUGUUCAGAAGCCCAAUUUAAAGGAAAAAAGUGAAAAUAAACUGUAUAUAUCUGUACCAAAGAGUUUGCCUUUAUGUAUAUUACAGUUAUGUACAGUUUUUAACAAAUCUUAUAUCUUAGCUAAAAUUAUUUAGCUGGGUAGCUGUGUUUUAAUAAAGCGUAUGGAAGAUGUGUUUGAGCUCAGUUGUGUGUAUGGCCAAUUGUUCAAUAAUGUCACUUGUUUUUACCGUAGAAAUGGUGAGAUCUGAUGUUGUGUAAGGGUGUCCCAAACUGAUCAUAUCACAGUAACCUAUGUUAUCUGUUGAGACCUAGGUAAAAACAAAUUUACGUCAGAUUCAAGAACAUAGACUCUGUGUGAGCUGUCAAGUUACAAAACUGUACAACACACCAUACAAUAAACAGAUCUUCAUACAAUA